AUGGCGCCUUACGACGCUAUCGCCAAGAGAAACGUCGACGAUGAGCGCAGUGCGUUUGCUAGGCAACUGUUCAAUGCGAGAGUCGAUAUUGCAUCCUUUGUUGACAAUCGCCUGGAGUGGAAUGGGGUUGGAAGAUAUGAUGGUAUCUUUGGGGGCUCAUUCAACAUCGGCCUGAAGGUGAAACGCGACGAUAGCAACGAGAACGUCAUCAUCCGCUUCCCGACUCCGAGGAAAGUACAUGGACCGUGGCGGGAAGAAAAAGUCAAGAACGAGGUGACGGUUAUGAACUAUGUCCGCGAGCAUACUAAUAUCCCUGUCCCGCGCAUACGCUGCUGGAGCCUCACUGAAGAUAGCCCGCAGCAGCUGGGACCAUUCAUCAUCAUGGAUUUUGUGGAAGGGGAGAACUUGGGCCGUCUUCUAGCACCGCCGACUGAGGACAAGACGAAGCUUGUAUAUCUGGAUCCAAACGUUGACGAGGCAAAACUCAACGCUAUCUACGAGCAGAUUGCCAGCUUUAUGUUGGAUCUCUCGCGCCUAGAGUUCCCUCGCAUUGGUGCCAUUUCCAAGGACGCCACGUCUGGCGACUGGACUGUUACUAGACGGCCCUUGACAUACGACAUGAAUGAGGUCGUCACUGUUGGUGGCUGCCCUGCUGAUCAGUUUGCUACUAUGGCGCCAUUCGAUCGCGCCAGCGACUAUUUCGCUGCAUGCGCGCAUUUGGUUCCUACGUACGGCACUGUCGACAACGAUGGACCUUUCCGGCUCUUUUGUGACGACUUGCGACCUACAAACAUGCUCGUCGAUCCGGACACGCUAUGUAUUACUGCUGUGUUUGACUUUAAGUUUACCAAUGUCAUGCCAGCACAGUUCACCUACGAUGUGCCAUCGUGGCUGCUUCUCCAGCCGCCAGCUGUCUGGCUAAGAGACAACAAGAUGGAGGAUUUCCUACGCUGCUUUGAACCAAGGAAAAACCAAUUUAUUCGCGCGAUGGAGCGCGCUGAGGCCAGGUCAUUGCUACCUGCUGGAGAGCCGCGCCUCUCGACUCAGAUGCGGGAAUCAUGGGACAGCAGGCGUUUCUGGUUCAACCAUGCAUCACGGUGCAGUUUUGAUGUGGACGACUUCUACUGGCAGGCUCUGCACGAGGAAGGUUUGGGAGAGGCGAUGCUAGGCGUGACGAUGGCUGAGAAGGAGGGGUUCAUCGCACGAAAGAUGCGCCAGGUUGAUGAGUUGCAAGGAGAAGGAAAGUGAUGAGCAUUUUGCUGAGGAUGAGUGCACCUCCAGAUCCUAACUAAACAGGCCAGCCCGACAAGUUCCCCCGCACGCAUUUGCACUGCGGUAGGCAGCAAAGAGUUUGGCUCCAGUAAGCGGUUGUCAACAACCCCCCCCCCCCCCUCUCCCCCCGCCCCCCCCAAAACAGUCAUGCUGGCUGAGAAGAUGGAAUGGAGUGUAACCCCAUUUGGUCCGAUGUACGGAUUAGGAGCUGCAGCUUGAUGCAUUAGUUGGCUGACGUUCUCACGAGACGACCCUUACUCCUUGGUGGGCCAGAUGGCUCAGGCUGGGCUCCCUGUAUCCUGCUGGUUUCCGCUAUCUGGGCAGGUCUCGAUUAUUAUACUAGUUAGGUUUAGCAAGACGGACCUU